ACUCGGCCCUUCACCCGGUCUCUCUGGAUGUUAAGUAAUAACGGAGCCUCGUCUGGAUACAGGCCCAAACUCUUCAGCUCCAAGCUGUUGAGUCCGUCGGUGUCGUGUGGCUGUGGAGGACUGCACACAGAAGGUGACAAAGCUUUUGGCGACUUCCUGUCUGAUGAAAUCAAAGAAGAGAAGAAGAUCCAGAAAAACAAAAGUCUUCCUAAGGUGUCUGGAGGAUGGGAGCUGGAGAUGAAUGGCACAGAGGCUAAACUCACAAGAAGUGUUUCUGGAGAAAAAGUCACGGUCACAUUCAACGUCAACAACAGCAUUCCUCCCAACUUUGAGGAGGAAGGAGAACAGACACAGCAGAAACCAGCAGAAGAGGAGAUGAGUCACGGUGAGGGAGAAGAGGAGAGCGACAUCUUUGCCAUUCGAGAGGUCAGUUUUCAGCCACAGGGAGACUCAGAGUGGAAGGAGACGAGCUACAACCUCAACACAGACUCUUUGGACUGGGCCCUGUAUGACCAUCUGAUGGACUUCCUGGCUGACCGUGGGGUCGACAACACCUUCGCCGAUGAGCUCACGGAGCUGAGCACGGCCAUCGAGCAUCAAGAGUACAUCAAGUUCCUGGAAGACCUCCAAGGCUUUGUCAAAUGUAAUUAACCUUACUUCAGUGCACAUUCUGGGGGAGUUGGAGGUGAGAGGGACAGUAAGACGAAAGCACUCGGUGGUCCAUCGAUAUGUUUGAUGACCCUAAAAGACUGAUGAUGCCAUCGGCCAGCAGCUGUCACGCGGCUGCAGAUGUGCUUUUUGUGACGCUAUUUUUCUGUAGCUUGAGGUUCAGACACAAAUGUAUGAAAACAAGUGGUCAUGUGUAUAAUCUGCUUUGUUAGUCAAUAUUUAAAUAUUCUAACAGUUCUCAAGCCAGUAAUGGGACAAUUUGUCAAAGUGAGACGUUGAACAUUUCAAUAAAAAUCAUCUCUUGUGUAAAUGUGACGGCCUCUGAUUUUAAAGCGUGACCACCUCACUUUGAGUCUAAAGUGUGGCUGGCUGAGCAGAGUGUGGCCUUACUGUGAAUCAUGUUGGUCAGAGGAAGGAACGGCGCUGCUCAAUAAAACGGUUUAAUACA